UUCAUAAGAUACGCAUGUUCACACGGAGCUGCUGCGCGAUACCAGUGGAGAUUAGAAAGAUUAGAGAUACGAAUUGUUCUUUUGUUACGAAGGCUCCUUCGCGGAUUCGAGAUUUUUAACGGAUCGUCGUGAGCUCCUGUAUCCUUGAACGCAUCAAAGAUCUUCAAGGAUCCUUCCUCCAAAUUUCCAUAUCUUGCGAUCUCUUCACAAAUAUUCAGUCAUCUACCAAUUCGCAAGCCGCCAAUAUUCCGCUGUGGAUUUUCAGACUUUGAACUUCCAGACUCCUUUCCAAUUUCCCUUUCCGCCCGCAAUUUCUCGCGACGAUGUCUGCUCCUCUCUCCUGAGAGACGAUCCUGUGGUGAAGCAGGACCUAGUCUCAAUCCGAGUUCCCGAACAAUCCAUCACGAGCUCGGCGUCGUUGAACGUCGCGCGACAGCGCAGGCAGCUAAGCAAGCAAAAUAACAGCGACCCAGGGGAACCCAGAGGGACCCUGGGGUGGGGUUCAGCAAUGCCGUGGUGAAGGGAGUGAAGGGAGACGAGGAGACUGUCGUGUGCCGAGGUGUACCGAGGCCGAUAAGUGCGCGCCAAUCGGCGGCGGUCCGACCUCAGUCAGUAGUCACAGAGUCCAGUAGCCAGGCGUCGAAGAGAUCGUUGAGCUCGAAGAAAGAGGGACCGCGAUGAUGAGUUACUACCUGAGGAGCGUGACCCUGCUGUUGGUCCUGGCGGUCCUGGCACGUGUCCAGGGAGCCACCCUGCUCGGUGCCCCGCCGUGUCCCGACCCUUACGGGAUCCAUGCUUACGCCCACCCUGAGGACUGCGGGGCCUUCUUCCUUUGCACCAACGGCAGUCUUACGUUCGAGUACUGCGAGAACGGGCUGCUCUUCGACGGACACGGCGCGAUCCACAACCACUGUAAUUACAACUGGGCCGUCCAGUGCGGCCAUCGCAAGGUCGACUACACACCCAUCAGCAGCCCCGGCUGUGAGUACCAGUUCGGCAUGUACCCGGACAGCGACGGCUGCAGCACCACCUAUGUCAAGUGCAUUCACGGCGAGCCGCAUCAGGCCCACUGCGACCCCGGCCUGGUCUACAACGCCAAGACUCACACGUGCGUCUGGCCCGACGAACUCAUCCCCGUUUGCAACCCCGAGGCUAUAGUGGGCUUCAAGUGCCCGCACAAGCUGCCGCCACACAGCCCCGCCGCGAAAUUCUGGCCUUACCCGAGAUUCCCCGUGCCAGGUGAUUGUGGUAGAUUGAUCACCUGUGUGGACGGACAUCCGCGACUUCUUACUUGCGGAGAUGGGAAGCUCUUCGACUCAGUGAGCCUGACUUGCAUGCAUCCUGAUGACGUUCCUCACUGCUCCAACAAUCUGUAAACGCGGGGAUGCAUUCCCGACAUCCGAGACUUCAAAUCAGCAAACAACGAGAAUAAUCAACCAACCAAUUGACGACGAAAAACUGCAUAUUUCCUAACCGAACCUCGACUAAAUGAAGUACGACUUCAAUAUAAAAUUAGUGCGCAAAGCUAAAAAGAUUAGAUGCGCAUCUGUAAAAAAUUGUUCUUAAAAAUUGCUCAAACAAAGAAAAUCAAUUACAAGACACGAAAGAUCAAAAUUCAUGUAAAAUCACGACGAAUGAGGAACAAGCACGCGCGAGAGAGACUUGAAUUCGAAAGCAUCGCUGAAAUUACGAGAGACGCGAUAUCGUUGCCGAUCAGUCGGCAACGAGAAACAAAAAAUGCACACUUCCGUUAAUAUCUCCGCUAAGUAGUAGCUGUUGUUGCAAAUCUACGAGGAUAGCAAAAACGUAAAUUAUUCCUAAUGUACGUUCGAAGGGGGAGAGUGAUCGUAUAUAGCGUGCACGAAGAGCGAGUACGAUAUGUAGUACAUAUAGUGUAUUUAUAUAAUACGAUAUAUAUGUAAUACAUAUAUAAAAUGUAUAUUUAUGAUAAAUAGAGUGUAACAAUGUACAGCCAGGCAACAUCGAAUAAAAUCUGGACACGCGUAUAAAAAAAUAUA